AUGCCCAAAGCUAACACGAAAAACGUCAUCAAGUUUCUAAUAUCCGAAGUGUUCCACAAAUUUGGUACACCUGAGACGAUUCUGUCCGACAAUGGCAAGCAGUUUAUUAGCAAAGACUUUCAGGAUAUGGUAACGAAUUUUGGCGUAAAGCAUGUAAAAACCGCCACACACUCGCCACAAGCCAACGCUUCGGAACGGGUUAACCAGUCCAUCUUGUCCGCAAUUCGUUCCUACCUGCAGGAGGACCACACUGAGUGGGAUAAGUACCUAUCCGAAAUUGAGUUUUCGUUGCGUUCGUCAGUCCAAACGUCCAUCGGAGUUACGCCGUACUUCGCACUGUUCGGUAUGAACAUGAUUUCGCACGGAAGUGUAUAUAAACUUGCUAAGAAACUACAAUGUCUUCAUGAUCCGGAAAUCGACAUAGUACCAAAACCCGUAAAAAUGGACUUAGUACGGCACAAAAUUCGUGAGAGUCUGCACAAAGCUUAUUUGAAAAACGAGAAGACAUACAAUACCCGUUGCCGUCAAGUCAAGUUUGUACCAGGUCAAGAGGUUUAUCGCCGCAACUUUCAGCAAAGCGAUUUCAAAAAUAAUUUUAAUGCUAAACUAGCCAAGAAAUUUUUAAAAUGCCGAAUUGUAAGACCUAUUGGUAAUAGCCUAUAUGAGGUUGAAGACCUUCAAGGAAAAUCGUUGGGGGUAUUUCAUGCCAAAGAUUUGAAACAAUAG